AUGGAGAAUGAGGUGAGGAAGCUCGAUGCAUCAUGCUGGAAUGGUCAAAUUUUCCUGGAUAGUUCUGAAUGGCUUGUGGAGAAUAUCAAGAGUAUUGAUCAGAGUGUAAAAGAAAUGCUGCAGUUGAUCGAAAAUGAUGAAGGUUCUCAGAUGGAGAAUGGUGAUAACAAUAGCAAUUAUCCUAAUAAGCAGCCAGAGUUAAUUGCCCGUAUUAAGGAAAUCUCACACCGCCACCACUUGCUUGCUGAUCACUACAACAAGCUAACGGGAGAACUGAGUAGUCAAAGCAAGUCAGCCAAGAAUAACGAGAAAAAAACAUUCAACCCUCAGCUCACCCCUCCUUUCCUUACUCCUAUGAAUAAACUGAGGAUGCACAAUCUCGAUGGCCAACUAGUUGCUUCGGAUUUAUCUCUAAGUUCGGGCGGAGGAAUUUCGGAUGUAACUCCAAACGAAGGAUCCGAAUCCUCACUGUCAUCAGAUUCGGAUUCGGAGACUUAUUAUGUGUCACCUAACGAGCAUUCGAGUUCGGUUCGUUCUCAGAAGAUGCUGGAGCAUGAAGUAGUGAGUUUGAGAACAGGCUUUGAAAAACAACUGAGUAUUUCAAAUGAGAAAUUGUUGUCUGCAGAAGAGGAAAUUGCUAAAUUGAAGAGGGAACUAGAAAAUAAUGAGAAGGUCAUGGUGAAAUUGGGUGGUCUAGAAGUUGAGCUUCUGGCAGCCAAGAAUCAAAUUAAGCUGCAUGAGGCUGAGACCGAGAGGGAGAAUGGAAGGUCUUUGCUGCUGCAAAUGAAAAUAGUUGAAUUAGAAGGUGAACUUGAGUUUGAGAAAAAGAAAGUUUAUGAAUUGCAGGAGAGUGUAGAAAAGUACACUACAGAGUUGUCGGAUCGUGAUGUUAGGAUACAGGAGCUUAAUGCGGAGCUCGAAAUUGCUUUAGGAAAUUUUGCUUUGGAAAAGUGGCAGCUGGAAGCAUCUAUUUCUAAAUUGUCCGAACGUUUGAAUUUUCUUGAGGCAGAAAAUAAGGAGCUUCGUUUGCAGUGUAAACUAUUAGAUGAUGAGAUCAAGAAACUCCAAGAUGGGAAAAUUGAAAUUGAAAAAGAGCAAGAAGCUUCAAGAAUCAUUUGGCAAGAUAAUAUCGAGUAUGCAAAAAUCGAGUUAUCCAAGAAAACUGCACUUGCUGAUGCUUUGAAUAAAAAUCUUGAUGGUCUGAAACUAAAAUACGACAUUCUAAAGGCCGAGAAUGACGGACUCAAUGCUAAGCUACAGACACUUGUUGCCGAACAACAAUCUCAAGAGGAUCAUAUUGAAGAUCUUGAACACAAUUUGCAAAGAGUAGAGUUUGAGAACAAGCAGCUUAUUUCGGGGGCUGAUAGUGCAAAGAAGCUAAUGGAUGAGCUAAAGUUGAGGUCUGAUGAGUUACAGAAAGAGGUCCACAUGCAGGAGGUUGUGAUAUCUGAUAUGGCUGAGGAAAAAAGGGAAGCUAUAAGACAGCUUUGUUUCUCGCUCGACUACUUCAGAUUUGCCUAUGAAGAUCUUCGAAGUGCAUAUGUCGUUCGUAAACGUCCUGUGGCUGUGGUGCCAUAA